AUGAGUCCGGAUUUAAAUCCAAUAGAACAUGUUUGGGAUUUCAUUGGGCGACGAGUACGAGCACGUGAACCUCCUGUUCAAACUCUUCGGCAACUGGAAGCAGCACUGCAUCAAGAAUGGCGACAAUUAACAUUAGAAGAGGUUCGACGAUUCACUGGAAACAUGAGAAACAGGUUACGUAAGUACUGGUCGAGACAGGAUGAUGGAUGUCUAUUUGUCUCCUCUCACUAUAUAAACCCUGAGUGUAGUUCAGUUAGUCACACAUCUCCUGACUUCACAGAUACACAAUCAUACCUGGAAGUUUAUUUUGAAUUCAAUCAACAGAGAAAUUUAUUUACAGAGAUCAUCUAGUUAUUUUCAAAUAAAAUUCUAUUUUUUAUAACUUU